GCGCCCCAGCUGCCCUGUCUCUUCCAUCCCCCUCCACACGUACCCACAUCAGGAGCUCUCCUCACCAGCCUCUCCCAGCCACCAUGUCCAGGCAGUCCACUCUCACCUUCCAGACAGGCAGCCGCAGGGGCUUCAGCAUGGCCUCAGCCACCACCCUAGCCACCAGCCGCUCUCGCUUCAGCUCCGUCUCUGUGGCCCACUCCCCGGGGGGCAGUGGAGGGAUGGGAAGGAUCAGCGGUGCUGGGACCAGCUGUGGAAGCCUCAGCCUCUACAACCUGGGGGGGACCAAGCGGGUCUCCAUCAGUGGGUGCAGCAGCUUCCGAAGUGGCUUUGAUGGCAGGGCGAGCAGAGAGAUUGAGGUCAGUGGUGGGUUCGGCUAUGGGGGCAGAACUGGAGGGGGCUAUGGGGGCCCCGGCUUCUCCGUCUGUCCCCCUGGAGGCAUCCAAGAGGUCACCAUCAACCAUCUCCUGACUCCCCUCAACCUGCAAAUUGACCCCACCAUCCAGCGGGUACGGAAAGAAGAGCGGGAGCAGAUCCAGACCCUCAAUGACAAGUUUGCCUCUUUCAUUGACAAGAUGCGGUUCCUGGAGCAGCAGAACGAGGUCCUGGAGACCAAAUGGAGCCUGCUGCAGGAGCAGGGCACCAGGACCGUGAGGCAGAGCCUGGAGCCCAUCUUCAACACCUACAUCAACCUCCAGUGGCAGUUGGACAGCGUCACCACCAAGAGGGGCAGGCUGGGUGCUGAGCUGAGAACCAUGCAGGAUGUCGUGGAAGAUCUCAAAGUCAGGUACGAGGAUGAAGUUAACAAGCACACGGCUGCUGAGAAUGAGUUUGCGGCUCUGAAGAAAGACUUGGAUGCCCCCUACAUGAACAAGGUGGACCUGGAGGCCAAGGUCAACUCUCUGACCAAAGGGACAAAUUUCCUCUGGUUGCUCUUUGAGGCAGAGCUGUCCCAGAUGCAGACCCGGGUCAGCGACACAUCGGUGGUCCUGUCCAUGGACCACAACUGCAGCCUGGACCUGGAUGGCAUCAUCGCCGAGGUCAAAGCCCAGUACGAGGACAUCGCCAACCGCAGCCGGGCUGAUGCUGUGUCCUGGUACCAGACCAAGUACGAGGAGCUGCAGGUCACGGCAGGCCGGCCCAGCGAUGAUCUCCGCAACACCAAACGAGAGAUCUCUGAGACGAACCGGAUGAUCCAGAGGCUGAGAGCCGAGAUCGACAACGUCAAGAUGCAGCGCUGCAAACUGGAGUGCGCCAUGCCCAAAGCGGAGCAGCAGGGGGAGGCGGCCCUCAACGACGCCAAGUGCAAGCUGGCUGGGCUGGAGGAGGCCCUGCAGAAGACCAGGCAGGACAUGGCCUGCCUGCUCAAGGAGUUCCAGGAGGUGAUGAACUCCAAGCUGGGCCUGGACAUCGAGAUCGCCACCUACAGGCGCCUGCUGGAGGGCAAGGGGCACAUGUCAGUCAAGGAUGGGCACCAGGCUGCAUGAAGGUGUUGGGCCCGUGAAUAUCUCUGUGAACAGCUCCAAAGGCACAUCCUCUAGGAGCCAAGUGUGGUCAGCACACCCGUGUACUGUCCAGGGGACACCAGCGUCCUCAAGAGCAGCGGGGGCUGCAGCAUCAUGGGUACGGUGAAAUCUACAUCCCCUGUGAGCCCCGGGGGCUACUGGGCUGUGGAAGCAGGUGGAGCUCCAGCAUGAAGCUAGGGGCUGGGGGUGGCUCCUCCUGCCACAAGUGUUAGUACAGCCCCAGAGGCUAGAAGCCCAGGGGACGGGGCACCAGCCCCCAGCCUGGAUGUUGUCCCCCUGCCACCAGGGUUGAAGACAAGGCUGUUCCAAAAUCCCACCUUCCUAUACUGAUCGAAGUUUUCCCUUGGGUUUUCUCCGUGAGCCGCCCGUCAGGUAUCUUCAAGAGUCACCUUUCACUUAGCUGCGUGCAGACCCUGCGCUAGGUCCCGGGGUGGGGGUGGGAUGCAAAGAACGAAAAUGCAUCCGCCGUAUAUCUGGACCACGGACAGUCAGGCUCUAGUGCGGCCAAGAGAAUGGCAAUGGCCCCCAAACACUUCUCUUCCCCAUGAGAAGGCCAAAUGGGCACAUCACAGCUCUGCUUUGUGGAUCGUCCCAUGGAACUUUCCCCACAAAGCCAGCCUCCCCCGACCCCGGGACAUUCCCCUCCUCUCUUACCUCGGUCUGUCAUGCGCCUAAAAAGUGAACUCCUUUUAACACCCACCUAAUACACGUACUAUUACAAAUAUCAAAAUACCCCCACAUCCCAUUCCAAAUUCCCAAGCCAGGUGCCAGGAUUUCAGCUUCGCUUGGGACCUGUCCAUGCUCCUCUCAGUUAGCACACGGAAUCAAGAGGUGGUCUUUGGGCAGUAGAUUUACCUGCUCAGGUGUGUUGAACUGGCGCUAUAAAAAUACAUUUUUUCCUGCGCUCACAGUGGCAGCUGACGGCUAAGAAAUGCCUAGCACAAAGGCAAGGGGACAUGGAGUGUUUACUGAACAAAGGGACAAUGGAAUCAGCCCCACCCCUACCCUCUGCACGUAGCCAGCCCUGCCCUGCUCCCUCUCCUUUGAGUUCCUCUUGCUUUGGGUCGGAUAUGAAUGUGCUCUCCUGGCUGCAGCGAUACGGGGCUGCCUCAGCACACUCGGAGGCCCUGACUCAGGGGCUGCGAGGGGAGGGGAGGGGCUGAGCUGACCCCACCUCCUCAGAGCACAACACCUACUCCCGAAUUGUGCUGCAUCUGCAGAAGCCCUGCCCACCCAGGGAUCCACGUCUCUGCCGUGAGCCUCUGGGCUUGUCUAUUGCCAAUCAACUGACUGUUCCCAGGCUACGGGAAUCAGGAGUAUUGGCCCUGCUCUGUGGAGGGCAACGAGGCUGAAGGGGAACUGAUGGGCAGCUUUGGGGAACUGGGGGCUGGUGCGGAGUGCGGGGUUGGGAGUGGAAAGAGAGGUUAUUAUACAAAAGGGAAAACUACAUAUGAAUGAUUGGCAAGUGGCCUGUGGAGUGAGUGGGGAGCCAUACAAAUUCCCCUUAAAACCUGCACAUCACACCCCAAUAGUUUGCAAGUCACCUGCCACGUUAAAAACCACAGCCCUAUUCCCCACAGACCUCCUCACCACAUGGUCCCCUGCAUAUGUCCUAGAGAAAGUCUGUCAUGUCUGUACUCGGCAGCCUCAAAGCCUGGGCUCUGCCUCCCCAGCCAGGUCCCCAGGCAGGGCAGGUGCAGACCUGGGGAAAGCAGGGAAGAUAGGCAGCAGACUGGCUAGGGCGGGGCACCCCCUAGCCUCCUCUCCCUCUCGGGAGCCCCAAGACCUGGAAAUGAGACUUGGUGGCAGCUGUUCCACCUCUGCCUGACCCUGAUACCCUCCCUGUUGCCUCACUGAUCCCCUGUAACAAUCCCCCCACUACAGAUGUCCCCUUGUGGCUCCCCUCUCCUGAGCACUGGGGUGCAUCUCCUCUUCCCCCACAGCCCCGUGUAGGGCAUCUCUUCUGUGCCAAGCCCUGCAUUAGAAGCUGGUGAUACAGAGGUGGCUACAACAUGCUCGGAAACCUAGCGUGACUCUCAGCCUCACAGAGGAGUCGUGAGCAGUGACAGCCAGAGAGAAUGGAAACGACAAGGAAAAGCAACUUGUGAUUAUGCCAGGCAAGGAGAUCAGGGAGAAGCUCACAGAGAAGAUUACAAGGACAGGGUCUGAACGGACAAGGGUUACUGACUUAUGGGCAACAUAUUAAAAAGAACCCACCCACUUGCUUUUUCAUUCACUCAAUAUAAUAUUUAUCAAGCACCUGUCAUGGGUCAGACCACCCAGGGGCUGGUGUCUCUGUGGUGAACAAGGCAGCCCCAGCCAGGGCUGACCUACCAGGAGGGACAGUAGACACAGUUCCUAGAGCCCAUGGUAGGGACCAUAAACUGGUGCAGCCACUUUGGAAAACAGUCCAGCAGUUCUUCAAAAUGUUAAACACAGAGUUACCAUGUGACCCAGCAAUUCCACUCCUAGGUAGAUACCCAAGAGAAAUGAAAACAUGUCCACACAAAAACUCGUACGUGAAUGUUCAUGGCAUCACUAUUCACAAGAGCCAAGAGGUGGAAACAACCAAAAUGUCCAUCAGUGGAUGAAUGGAUAAUCAAAAUUUGGUCUCUCCAUACAAUGAAAUAUUAUUUGGCCAUAAAGAGGAGUGAAGUACUAAUACGUGCUCCAACAUGGAUGAACCUUGAAAACAUGAGGGAGAUAAAAGAAGCCAGACACAGAGACCACAUAUUCUAUGAUUCCAUUCAUAUGAAAUUCCAGAUUAGGGCAAUCUACAGAGACAGAAAGCAGAUCUGUGGCUGCCUAGUGGGCUGGAGGGAAGAGGAGAUGGGGUGGCGGGGACAGCCAAAGGUUUCUUUUGAGGCGAUGAGAACAUUCUAAAAGGGACUGGGGUGACGGUUGCACUUAUCUGGGAAUAUACUAAAACCGCUGAAUUGUAAUUUUCAAUGAGCGAAUUAUAUGAUAUGUGAAUUAUAUCUUAAUAAAGCUAUUUUUAAAAAAUGGG